AUGGCCCUCAAACAACGUGAUCUUGUUAUAGCUGGUAUUGUCGGGUUCGUCGCGUGGGGUCUGGUGGUCCGCUGGCUGCCGAUCCUUCGGUAUCUGGGAUAUGCUCUGACGCUGGGCGCUGUGCUUUCUUCUGUGUCUCUGCUCGGCCUGGUCAUCGUGACUGCGCGGAAACAAAACGACCACCGCAAAAACACCAAAAAUGUUGCCGUGGCAUUCAUUACUCCUCAAAAAUGGCGAAGAGAUGUGCUUCAGGUCCGCCGAAGUGCCCAAUACAAACCUCGGCCACUCUACCCGCAAUCUUUUGUCGUGUCUGAAGGGAUCGAUGAGCUUUUGUCUCUUGUGACCAGGGACUUUGUUUCUUCAUGGUACCACAACAUCACCCCAAGCCCGGUGUUUGCGAACGAGGUCGACCGGGUAGUACGGGUUGCACUAGAGAAUUUUCGAGAUAGGUUGUUUGCUGAGGAUAUGAUUUCGCUGAUAGUGUCACGAGUGUUUCCUAUCCUGACUGCACACCUGAAAGAUUUUGACAUUGCCGAGCGAGCAGUUCGAGGGCAGAAACUGAACCGAAAUGUGACGGAAUCCGAGGAGCUGGACCUGGCGAUCGCCAACAAGUAUCGCGAUGGCCGCCUCCAUGCGGCAGUUGGUCUGUCAUUCUCAGACCGAAAGGUUGUUCAGCAAGAAUACCUGCGGAAAAUAGCUGUUGCGCUUCUCCCGCAGUUGUUUCCGGAGAACGUCCUCAAGAGUCGGAUAGUGUCUGUUUUGAUUCGUGAAAUCAUAUCAUGCGGAAUCCUCUUUCCAAUUAUGACACUUUUGUCUGAUCCAGAUACCUGGAAUCAACUGAUGGAAGCUUAUGGACGCACUACCCUGCAAGAUCGGAAGACAGUGCGUAAGCUCCGAGCAGCCUUGGAUGAGCAUGCGUCGCCUUUACCCAAAUCCAAACGGGGACAACCGUUUCCACGCCUCGGACCACAUGACUCAGAACGAGAUUUUGAGCGAUUUGUUCGGGCUAUUAGGCGUUCUAACAACUUAUCGGAUGCACGCCGGUUCCGUGCCCUCGUUGCUAGCCAGCUAAAACAGGAAAGCAUGAUCGAGGGACAGGACCCGGUCUAUCUGAAACGCCUUGAAACGGGGAAGAGAGUCCUCGAUCAGAAAGUGACCAAGCUGUCCAUGCCUGGCGAAACAUCUCGAGUUCGUGCUGCUGCGACAGAUAUCCAUCACGACUCCAAGUCCGCUAAACAAGAAUCCUCUUUGGUUGAUGUGAUGCAUCACGCAUCCGGCCUAUCAUAUUUCAUGGAAUUUAUGGACCGCCAGCGACUGAUGUCGCUUGUUCAAUUUUGGAUUGUGGUCGAUGGGAUCCGGAAUCCACUGGAGGACGACUUCGGAGAUGAAACGCCUUCAACCUCUGUCACCUGGACGACGGCUGACCGGAACGACCUGGCGCUGAUCAGCGAGACCUACCUUGCACAGCCGGAACUCAAGGUCUCCAAGGACUCUCAUCAAGCCGUCAAAGCUUUCUUGGGUGCUGGGAAACGUGCGACGCCGGAACAGUACCGCAAAGCACGGACGGUUGUAUUGACUACUCAAUCGGCUGUUCUUGAAGAGCUACAGAACAUCUACUAUCCAAAGUUUAAACAAUCUGACUUGUAUUGGAAAUACCUGGCGUCGGAUGAAGUUUCGGCCUCAGCCUCGCAGGCACUCCCGUCUCAACCAUCAGUUGUGUUUGAAGCGCCUGAAAGACGACCCUUACCUCCUCUGAUGGAGCGCACAACCUCCCAGCCGAGCCACAAACCUUCCAGAGAUCUUCGACGAGCUGCUGUCUCGUCCAGUGACGUGCGGAGUAUGGGGAAGCUGUUCAAUGAUGAUGAGUUACCCAGACGAUCAGUUGACUCGGAGCGGGCCUUGCCUCUGUUCGACGAUGAUUUGGACGCUGAUAAUCUCGCCAUGUCAACUCAGAGUCUUGGCAAGGACUCCCAAGACGGCGACAAUGAUGCAACUCACAGCGAGGUUUUGCAAACGAUGGAGGCCGCACUCAACGACAUCAUCACUAAUGAGCCCCAAAACGGCAGUGAUGCUGCCACCUCUUCUUUAUUCGGACCUGAACACCCUCUGCCUUCUCCUCGGAACUCAUCAGAUAUUUCCCGAGCAGAUAACCGCAUAAAUGAGAGGCUGAAGCCCAGCAUUGCAUCUUUGGGUCUGGUCGGACAUGCAUCGCGGCUUGGUGUAUUCGACGAUGACCUUUUUCCUGACCAACAAAAAUUUCUUGAAGAUGAAUACGAAGAACCGGAUGGCACGGAAGGCAAAGAUCCAGCAGAUGAAGUUCACGAAGCUGAGCCGGGAGAUCUUGGUCUCACUGAAGCGGUCGAGGGGCUUACUGUUGACAUCGAAAAGCUUGCAGCUCAAGACUCCGUGGUGGACGCUUUGAUGCGGAAGGCUGAAUUGACGAACAACACCGCGGAGCUAAGAAUUUUACGUAAAUCCAAGGCCAGCAUCGAGCGGGAAAUCCACCGGAAGGAGAUGCAACGCCAACAGUACAUUGUCCAAGAAAGCGACAAUAGUUUGUACGGCCGCUCGACUGUCCGGAUCAAGUCCAUUGUUGUGGGCAAGGAGGAAGAUGGCCGCGAGUUUGCAAUGUACGUCGUUGAAGUCCAACGAAAUGCCGGCGAGCAGAUACCCGCCGCUUCUUGGGCUGUUGCCCGUCGGUACAGUGAAUUCCAUGAGCUCCACCAGAAGCUGCGCAUGUCAUACCCUUCUGUCCGAGACCUUGAGUUCCCCCGUCGGCGGGUUGUCAUGAAACUUCAAAGAGAAUUUCUUCAAAAGAGGCGACUAGCCCUCGAGGCUUAUUUGCAGAAGCUUCUGCUCCUCCCAGAAGUAUGCCGCAGCCGUGACUUGCGCGCAUUUUUAUCCCAAAGAGCCAUCUUGCCACGCGAUGAGUCUUCAGCGCGCAGCGGUAGCGAGGGAGAGACCAAGGAUCUCGUGACCCGUAUCUACAACUCCGUUGCAGAUGGAAUGGACGAUUUUCUGGGUAACUUUGGCGUCCUAGACCAGCUUUCUACAGCUGGCCAGAACUUGAUCACCGCCGCGACACAUCAAGCCUCCAGCAGUGGUAGCAUGGCAUCGGAUCCGGCCCUUGCCACAGAAGACGCCGUCACCGCUGCCGAAGCCGAAGCUGAGCUCAACGCUUUCGAGGACCGCGAACUCGAGCCCUUCAUCAAACCCAUCUGCGAUUUGUUCCUUGAAGCCUUCGAGCUAAACCGUGGCAACAAUUGGCUACGCGGCCGUGCCGUCGUCGUGGUAUUACACCAGCUACUCGGUGGCACGAUUGAACGCAAGGUCCGCGAAAGUGCCCGCUCCUUUAUCCAGGACGACUCUCUUCUGCGAUACCUUGCCCUCGCUCGGGACACCAUGUGGCCUGGCGGUGUCCUCCGCAAACCACCCGCUCGCUCCGUCUCUGACCGGCUCAAGAGCCGCACCGAAGCUACCGUUGUCUUGGCCACUCUCAUCCCCGACCUGGCCGGCAACGUCGUCGGCCGUGCAAAUGCCCAGGCAGCUGCGCGUCGUAUCUUUGCGACUUUGAACAACCAACCUCUCAAUGCCCAUCUUACGUUUACGAUCCUCGAUGAAAUCCUUCUGGUACUCUUUGGUGGUCGUGAUCCGGCGCGGUCACGGUGA